AUGUCAGCAACAACCACUAAGAAAUUACUCAGGUAUGAAAGCAUCUACCGAUCUUCACGCUCAAAUUGCACUCACAACAAUCAAGCGUCGAUCAUGACUGCAUAUGCAGAAUCGAACGAUGCUACACCCUUGGUGCAAUGCAAAGAUAAGAAAAAGAGGAAAAUGCAGAAAAAUGGGAAAAAUUGUUAUGAUGAACGAGGUACACUUGCAAAAUUGAACCUUAAGUUCAAUAGAUUUACACCAGUAGUCAAAGGAGGAUGGGCCACUUACAGGAGAAAAUACCUGGAAGGACCCGUUAUUGGUAAAGGCAGCUUCGGAGUAGUUAAAGCUCUUUUCUCGUUAGUUGAUCUAAUCAACUUGCAACAGGCACUACCAGUAAGAGAACAACUACCCACAAACCGAUUAGGACAGGCAAUUAAAAGAAUUGACAAUGAUCAUUAUGAAUUCUACGGUAAGCCAUUACCACCACCAACGAGGGCUGUGAAAAUCAUGAAUGUCAAAAGUUCACACAGGAUCAAAGAUUUUAAAGAUGCUCUACACAUCUUAAGAGAAAUCACAAUUGGCGCAUGGUUAGAUCACCCAAAUGUAGUCAAAGUGUCAGAAAUAUACACCAAUAGGUUUGAAGAUAUUAGCGAACUGUCUAAUGAAGUAUUCCAUGAAAAAAAGUUUAAAGGUGCAAUUCCAACGAAUUUCACAAAGGUCUACCUUGUUAUGGAAUAUUGUAGCGGAGGUGACCUGAGCUCGAGGAAAAUACCAAAAGAAUUCAGAGAAGAAACAGUAGCACGCAUGUUUGUACACGUGUUCCGAGCAUUAAGCUAUAUCAACACACUUGGGGUAGCACAUAGGGACGUGAAACCAGAAAACUUUAUGUGGGCCAACUCAUCACCAGAUGCCGAUGUCAAGAUCACAGACUUUGGACUUGCCAAUUCACCAAUGCAUACUCUGACUACACGCGCCGGAACAGCAUACUAUGUAGCACCGGAAAUUGUCAGAUAUGCGCCGCAAAGGCUUUACUCGGUCCAAUGUGAUUCGUGGUCAGCAGGUGUCAUGCUACAUAAGUUUUUACUUGAUUUUUGCCCAUUUCAGGCGGAUACCGAUGUAACAACACUUUUUAAAGUUGUUAACGAAGAUGUUAACUGGACGGAUCCAAGAUACAAACUAUUGUCGCCGGAUGCUUACGACCUAUUGAGAAAAUUACUUGUAAAGGAACCCACCGAAAGGAUAUCAACCUCGGAAGCUCUUAACCAUCCGUGGCUGCGCCGAGCCAUUUUCGAAGUCACAAAUAUACCAAUGACUGUAGAAGAUGCUACCGGUGUACUGGAUUCGCUAACAGCGUUCUACCGCUGCCCAGUGCUGAAACAAUUGGCACUCUCUAUAAUGGCACGGCAGACGCGAGAUGAAGAGCUGCAAGAGUGGCGUAGGAAGUAUCUAUUCCUAUCAAUGUUCUCUGAAGACCAACAUUUCUGGAUCAACAUUAACACCGUAGAAAAAUGGCUCACGUGCACCCGAGAAACUACGGAGGCCUCCCCAAGGAGAAAUGUGCCUGGAAAAAGGUCAAUUUACAUGUGUGCAGAGUGUAUGCAGGAAGAUGGAAACGAGUGUAAAUCGAAGGAUGGGGAGAAACACCAGUUUAAAAGGAGGUUUAGUGUACGCCAAUCUAUGCUCUGGAAGGCCGUCUCACGAUUGACUGAUUUACUCACCAAUUUCAGCGAUCACAAAAUGACAAUCAGCUUCACAGAGUUUUUGGCUGCACAAGUUAUGGAGAAAAAUGUACACAAAAGUGAAUCUAUUUUAGACACUUUUGCAGGAUUAAGAAGUGAAAUGGCAGGGAGAAGGUCGAUACUUAUUGACGCGCAAGAUCUUAGACGAUUAUUGAACCCAAUGUACAGUUGUACUAACACGGAUUUGGACGAUGUCCUGAGGCAAACUGAGCUUAUAGCUCUCUCUACGUAUCUCAACAGUCUAGCAAUGGAAGAGGAAUCAAUGCCAAGGGUAUACCACUUGUUGAAGCACCUGCUAGACCCCAAGACAGCGUUACAGCCAAUGAAUCUCACAAUUGACGAAUUUUUCGUUCUUAUGAAAUCUUCGGAAGAUGUAGCGCCGGUAGAAGAGACGCUUAAAUAUUACGAGGGCAGCCCUUCGGAUGCUUACGAGACUGUAAAGCGUAAACUUAUCUGCACGAAGUUACGGGAAAUAGAAGACUACUGUGAAGACAGCAAACGCCAAAAGAAAGUGCGUAGAACUACUUCCGCACAUAGCUGUAAAGCGGAGCAUAACAGCAGGAUCUCCACACCACGCCGUCGUAUAACUUCACGCGGGCGACCACACUAUGUGUAA